GUCAGUAGUAUAGUCGCCCUGAGACAGUCGGCCUGACACAUCGUAAUUUCUUCUACUUCCAUCCGCGUGAAAUCCGACAACGUUCCUUUGGUUAGCAUUCCAAAAUUUUCCUAUUUCCAAAUUGGAUGUGCCUCUUUCGUCAUACCUAUAAAAAAAGUGAGUUCCUUCAUUUAAUAAUUAACGCUCGCGACAGCUCGUAAUCAAAGACAGCUUUACGUGUCGUCAGAUGUCGAAAUGAAUUUUACGCUGAUAUAGGUCAGUAUGGUGAGUAUUAUAAUAUAUGAAGUAUAUAUGUGCAUAUAUACCUUCACAAGAAAUACACGUACCACAUGUGCUAAUACAAGAAAGCACGAUCGAUAUUUAACUAUAUACAAUGAAUGCUAACACGGAAUGAACACGUGCAGUAAACAUACCUACUGACCAGCUUUGUCCAAUAUUAUUAUUAUGCACUAGCUUAUGUCACGUGACGGCUGCAUCUUCAGUCCUAUCUUCUUAACCUGGACGUCUUUAGUCGUGAAAAUUAGUGCUGGUGAAAUUGUUAAGCAACAUGUAUGUGGUGAAUUUAGUUGAAAUGGAAAAUAACUAUCUGCCCGGCAGACGUAAGUUAUGUGUAUAUGUCAGGUACAUGGGAAAUCAAUAUUCUUGACAAUUGUAGGGGAAUCUACUUACGUAUACACGAAGGGCUCAAUACUUUUAUGGCAGGAUCGUGCUGGUUUGUGGGAAUUGUUAAUUUCUUUGUUUCAUAAGGCAUUGAAUUAAUUAUGAGACCUAGUGUAGGUAUUGUUUGAUAUGUACCGUGUGGUCAGGAAAUUGAGGGAGAAUUUUGAAUUAUGAAGUAUCAACAGGUGUCUGUGGAUUUGGUCAACAUGGUUAUGACGGCUUGUUCGUAUUUGGCACUUGCCGGAGCUGCUUGGAUAUUCUUGAGACUUCUUCAGGCUUGCUUCUGGCUGCCGCGACAUUUGCGCAAGCAAAAUGACGUGCAGAAAAUGUUGCAGGAUAAGGUUGAUGGCUACGAAAGGUAUAUGUUGGAGUGCGAGGAAAAGGAUCGGGCUAUGGGCAUCGAUAGGAAUUUAGAGAAUUUUUGCGAGGGCGAUGAAAAAUCUGAAAAUGAUUCCAACCCCAACAAGUGGAAGGAGAGACGAGAAUGUCUGGAGAUGCUGAAGCGCGAAUUGAAUCGCGUGCGCGACGGCGGUGAUAUCAAUGAUUGGGAUUAUCUUCUUGAAGAAGAUAAGGCGGAGAAUUCGGCGAAUGGCACGGACGUUGAUAACGAGGAAAAUCUUGGUAUUAACGUGGAGGAUGGGAAAUUGGAGCAGGGCGAAGAUUCCCACGUUGAUGAGAAAAAGGAGAAGUAAUUAAUGCUCUUCUUCGAAGGAAGCUCGGAUGAAAGGACAAACUUUUAUUUUACAUAGUCAUGCAACUUUAGAUUACGCAAACGAAUAUUUUUUAAAGGAACUCAACAUAUCUUACAACGUGCGGAGAUACUUUCUUUUUAUUUUAUUUAUUUUUUCUUAUCUAUAUCAAUCUUACAAAUUUUUUGUAUUACUUCAAACGUGACCAAGAGCGACGCUAUGAUGAUAAGAAUAAUUAAAUAAUGCAAUUUGUAUAAAAAAAUCUUUUUUUUUAUUAAUAAUUCUUCGCUCUUAAUAUUAACAGUAAAGCCGUCCAUUGAUACAAAGUCUGUAUACAGUGUUUUGAAAUGUAUGUAGAUAAUUAGUAGUGAUAAUCGUGACGUCAUCGAAACGUCAAUACCUCAUUUGACUGUAGCAUCUCCUUUGUACUGUGAGAGGCUCGAUGAUAAGAUUAUAAAGUGUGUUUAUAGAUCCGUUAUCUUAAAAAAAAAGAAAUCCAUAAAGAAUUAGUAGACUAAUUAAAUUUUACAUAAGUAGUACAGAAAAAUGCUCAAUAUUAUUUUUAAACUCCUACGAAUUCGUUUGUUUUACUACACAAUAUAUGUAUACUGUGACGUGA